GAAUCUUCGAUCCCUCCGCCCCCUCUCUCGCGAAUUCCAACUUUCUCCUUUUUCUCUCCUCUCUUCUUCAAGCCCUCGCGUCUCGACUCAAAAACCCUUAAAAAAAAUGAUCUAUUCCGACCCUUUCCGCCUCGAUCGCAGGCCUUGAAACCCUAAUUAAUCCUCCGAUUCCCGCCGGAAAUGGCGACGGCGGCUUACCGAUCAACCUCGAGACGGACCGGCGUCGACGACGCAGGGUCCUCCAACCGCGGCGGGGACCUCCGCCGGUCGAGGAGCCUCAGCCGCUACUCCGGCCGGUUCCCAUCGCCGCCACCGGAGUCCGACGAUUUCUCGACGCCGAGGGGCAGAUUCGUCAACAAGGUGAGGGGGUCCGGUUUCCUUGAGAUCAGCCUCGACGAUCUUGCCGAUGAGUUCUUUCGGGCGAGGGAGGAGUCGGAGGAGGAGGAGGAGGAGGAGAGCAGGCCGGCGGCCCGCAGAUCCGAUCGCCGGAGUUCCGUCGCUAGUUAUAGGAUGGAGACGGAGUCGUCUCGCCGGCGGGGGAGGUCUGUGUCGAGGCCCCCCGACAGGGGGGCGGUGGACGGGAAGCCCGCCACUGGUGGUAACUCGAGACGGCAGCGAUCCAUGUCAGUAGCUCGGCAUCGGUGUAGUGAUUCGGGGAAUGACUUGGAUCUUUAUAACAACACCAUCAGUCAAACCAAAUGGACGAGCAUUGGCAGUGGUAGGUCCCAGCGUCCCUCAUCACAAAAGCCAACAAAUCAAGGACAUGCUUUGAGAAGAAGAUCUAUGAGUCAAAAGGAUUUCUUCCAGUCACAUGACAAUUACUCGAGCCAGUCUUCUUCGCUAACUGAUGAUGAAGCACGGGAAGUUUGUUCACGUAAAAUUGAGACUGAGAGAACAAUUCAGGCAGUUUAUGCCCAGGAAAAGAUGGAACAUCCCACUGGAGAUGGAGAGGGCACUGGAUUAUAUGAAGCCAUGCGCAAAGAAGUGAGACAUGCAGUAGAAGAGAUCAAGACAGAGCUUGAGAAGGUCAUGGAGAAAACAGAACCCACAGCCAUUCUCAAUGACAAUGAGGACCAGGCAAAGAAUUCGAAUGUUAUCCAAGUUAUUAAUGAUAUCAGAAGGAAUUACACCACCAAAUUGGAACAGUCAGAGAAGCGGAAGCAAGAAUUGCUGGCAGAGUUAGCGGCAGAGGAGCAGCAUGGUCAGGAGCUUACGAAAAUUGUGAGAGAGUUGCUACCUUCCCCAAAACAAGCUGCUGCUCCAGAAGGACCCUCACGAUCUAGAAGAAGGAGCAAUGAUAGAACAAGGAUGUCUAAACGUCUGACAGAAGAGGCGGAAAGAUAUUUUGUAGAUUUCCUUUCAAAUGUUGAAGACACAGACAUAUCUUCCUUUGAUGGAGAAAUAAGUGAUACAAGUUCCACGCUCAGAGACUUGAUAGUGCAUAAUAAUGUACCAGAAACACCUACAAGUUUGACAAAAGCUGCUCCACUGUUUGUUGAGGCAGAUGGUGUUGUACUUCCUUGGUUGCAGUGGGAGUCCUGUAAUGAUACAUCUCCGUCACCAUGCAAAACUAAGACUGAGGUGCCAGUGAAAUCAGGAAAUAUUUUGCCUGUUUCAGCACAGGAAGCCAAUGCUGGAUUUGAUAGCGGGAAACUCGUCAGCAGUAAUCCUGGGAGUUGGAGCCCUGAAUGCAAGAUUUCUAGCGAUAAAAACAGUGGCAGACUUGGAUAUGUAGGAAACCACUGGAUCAGUUCCGAUGGUGGAGCAGGAGUGUCUAAAUUUGACAUGGAUGAGUACCUGGCCUUGCAGCACAAUGAAGAUCUCCUCUUCCAGAGGCUGAGGCAGAGGCAGAGAAUAGACUCAGGUAGCCUGGUUUUAUGUGGAAGAACCACACUGUAGAGCUUGGUUGUGCUUUAAAGAAGCUUGGCUAUCUUUGUAUUACACACAGUGGUGUAUUUAGGCAUUUGAAUUAUCGUCAUCUGUCUUCAAUUGUUGAGGGUUAAAUGUCUCCGUUCUAAAUGCAAGCAAUCACCUUUCUUUUUGUAACUGAACGUUGCUUUCUUUUAUACAAGAGCAUCGAUUUCCAAACUAUGCUCAAACUGCAUUGCAGCUGCUUCUUAACUAGCUAAUAAGUGAAGCACUUAGCAUACUGUUAGG